AUGGAUGGAUGGAUGGAUGGCAGGGAGCCCAGGGAGCCCAGGGAGCCCCGUCAUCCCUUGGGAACGCGGGUGCCGGCGGCGGCACAGGCUGUGCCCCCACACAGGGGUUGGGAGCACAAUCGAGCCUUUGUGCCUUUGUGCAGCCUCUCCCUGCCCAGCUGGGGACGAGACAGCGACAGCGCCGGCUCUUGGGGGGCUGCCCCAUCCCUCGGGGGCUGCCCCAUCCCUCGGGGGCUGCCCCAUCCCUCGGGGGCUGCCCCAUCCCUCGGGGGUGGCCGGGGGUUGCCGGGGGUCUGCGCCGCUCCAGGUCCCGUCCUUGUCCCCACUCCGGGGGCUGCGGGGCCGCCGCCGGGUCCCGGAGGUUUUAAUGCCCUUCCCGGAAUCCCGUCCCUCCUGUCAGUCCCUCCCGGCAGCCGUCGGGAGGUCGGGUCGUUAAAUGGAGGCACGUUGUUGUUUAAAUGGGGUUGCAGCCCCGGGAGGGGGGGGUCGGAUCCCCUCCGGGGGUCGGAUCCCCCCGGGCCGGCUCCAGCCCGGCUCCUGCUCCCCUCCCCGGGCUCUUCCCGAGGCACAAUCGUUGUUCCCUGCACCAAAAUCCCCCCAGGGACCCUCCUCCCAGCUCCCACCUCCCUCUGCCCAGUUCCAACCCCCCCAGGGACCCUCCUCCCAGCUCCUCACCUCCCUCUACCAGGCUCCAAAACCCCCCCAGGGACCCUCAUUCCAGCUCCCACCUCCCUCUGCCAGGUUCCAACCCCCCCAGGGACCCUCAUCCCAUCUCCCCACCUCCCUCUACCGGGUUCCAACCCCCCCAGGACCCUCAUCCCAGCUCCCACCUCCCUCUGCCAGGUUCCAACCCCCCCAGGACCCUCCUCCCAUCUCCCCACCUCCCUCUGCCCAAACCCCCCAGGGACCCUCCUCCCAGCUCCCACCUCCCUCUGCCGGGUUCCAAACCCCUCAUGGACCCUCAUCCAGCUCCCACCUCCCUCUGCCAGGUUCCAACCCCCCCAGGGACCCUCAUCCCAGCUCCCACCUCCCUCUGCCGGGUUCCAACCCCCCCAUGGACCCUCAUCCCAGCUCCCACCUCCCCUCUGCCGGGUUCCAAACCCCCCCUGGGACCCUCCUCCCAGCUCCCACCUCCCUCUGUCAGGCUCCAACCCCCCCAGGGACCCUCAUCCCAGCUCCCACCUCCCUCUGCCGGGUUCCAAACCCCCCAGGGGACCCUCCUCCCAUCUCCCCACCUCCCUCUGCCCCCUCCAGCCGGCCCAAAAGCCGGGCAGGCUCCCGCAGCUGGUUCGUUGUUCCUGCCUGGAUUAUUCCUGGCGAGCAGGUCGGGAUGAUUUAAUGGAUUUGAUUAGAGAAAGCUGCUGGCUCUGUGCUGCAUCCCCGGGGCCCUCUGGAUUCCCCCUGGGCAGCCUGGCACGGGCAGGGCCGUGUGUGGGGCUGGGAUGGUGCUGCCCAUGCAGGGGGGUCCCAGGGGUCACACACUCACAUACAGAGCUCCUGGUACAACCAGAUGUGUCACACACAGAGCUCUGUGCACACCCAGAGGUGUCACACACACACUCACACACCCCCAGAGGUGUCACACACAGCUCCUGGCACACCCAGAGGUGUCACACACACACUCACACACACACAGAGGUGUCACACACCCCCCCCGAAAGCUCUUUGCACACACAGAGGUGUCACAAACACACACACAGAGCUCUUGGCACACCCAGAGGUGUCACACACACACUCACACACACACAGAGGUGUCACACACCCCCCCCGAAAGCUCUUUGCACACACAGAGGUGUCACAAACACACACACAGAGCUCUUGGCACACCCAGAGGUGUCACACACACAACAGAGCUCUUGGCACACCCAGAGGUGUCACACACACACUCACACACACACAGAGGUGUCACACACACACCCCGAAAGCUCUUUGCACACACAGAGGUGUCACAAACACAGAGCUCCUGGUACAACCAGAGGUGUCACACACACACACACAGAGCUCUUUGCACACCCAGAGGUGUCACAAACACACUCACACACACACUCACACACACACAGAGGUGUCACACACACCCCCCAAAGCUCUGUGCACACCCAGAGGUGUCACACACACACUCACACACACACUCACACACACCCAGAGGUGUCACAAACACACUCACACACAUCCAGAGGUGUCACACACACUCACACACAGCUCUUGGCACACCCAGAGGUGUCACAAACACACUCACACACACACACAGAGCUCUUGGCACACCCAGAGGUGUCACACACACACCCCCAGAGGUGUCACACACACUCACACACAGCUCCUGGCACACCCAGAGCUGUCACACUGAGAGCUCUGGAGCAGCUCAGCUGCACCUCGGGCCCUUUCUGCUCCUCUGGCGAUGCCUCUGCACAUAAAGGCUCGUUAGCACAUGAAUUAUUAACGACUAUUAAUAAGCUGUAAUGGCAUUUGUGGCUGCUGGGGGAGAUGAAGAGGCUUUCCAGGGGCAUCCGGUGUCACGGCUCGGGGUGGUGCCCACGGGUGUCCCGAGGGAUCCACGGGCUGGGAGUGCAGCCCUGGAUGGCACCAGCACGUGGGGGGGGUUUCCAAAUUUCUCCCCCUCAACCUCCCCUCGGGGUUUAUCCCACCCCAGGCUGGGGAUUCCAAAGGAU